CCUCCAAGAGAGAUUGUAUUGAGCGUUUUGGACAGAGGACCAUUGAGAGGAUCAACAAUGAUGACGACGUCAUUUGCACUACCGAAUACUCACGUAUAGUCCCGCUGGAAAAUGGAGAGGUCGUGGUGUCCUUGGUGAACGGUCGGCCCGGGGCGAUGAACUUCUCCUACUCACCAGUGCUGAGGGAGUUCACCAAGGCCACCCACAUCAGGCUUCGCUUCCUGAGAACCAACACGCUGCUGGGACACCUGAUGGGCAAAGCGCUCCGUGACCCCACUGUCACCCGCAGG